CAACUCGGUGGUGAACGAAAAACAGACACUGAUUUGCGGAUUUUGAUUACUCUCGACUCCACGAUUGUAUCCACUUUUUAUGAUGAACAGCAGAUGGAUUGGGAUGGAAGUAAAGUCUGCCAAUCACGGAACUGUCAAUUUAUAAGGACGAGUGCUUAAAGCGGUCACUGGAAAAUAUUGAAUUAUCACACGUAACGAUGAUAGCGCGGGAUGAAGCGCCUGACUCUCCAAACAAUAGUCUAAUGAAUCUAGUGACAACACCACAAAAAGACAACGGAAAUAAGCCUAAGUUCUUCAGCAGGAGGAGACUAAUGGGAAAACGCGUGUUUUCUGAGAUUUUUAAAAAUUCAGGGGAGGAAAAUGUUAUAAACAAAAUGGUCGGAGGACAGAUUACCAAAGAGAAUACGGGUAGCGUGCAGAAUGACGUGUGUCUAAUGAGUGAAAAUCCAUUCAGAAUCUGUAAGUUAGCCCGAGCCGGGAAUCUUAAUGAUCUGCAGACAUAUUUAGAUGAUGAUCCGUCACGCAUCAAUGCACAGGACCCACGUGGAUGGUCAGCGCUGCACCACGCCGCCAUGCGGGGAUUCUCUGACAUCAUCAGCUACAUUACGUCACAUGGUGGAGAUAUCAAUCUCCAGGACAGGGACGGGAACACAGCGUUACAUGUUGCCGUGGAAAAGGAGCAGACGCAGUGCAUAGAGGCCCUGAUCCAGCAAGGGGCGGACACGUCCGUACUGAACUGCGCCAAAAUGGCGCCAGUCCACUUGGCAAUAGACUUGGGACUUAUAGAACAGCUACGUACUAUUCUGCUCCUAGACAAAAGCAGCACCAUAAUGCGAGGAGAAACCGGAAACACACCACUCCAUUACUGCGCCUUCAAGGAUCGGGACGACUGCGCCAAACUUCUGCUUGAGCACGGAGCCAAGCCAUGUCUUAGUUGUGAUGACGGGUUCUACCCAAUCCACUCCGCGGCAACAAGGGCUUCCGACAAAACGCUCGAGGUUCUCAUCAAACACGUUGAACGACUUGGUUACACCCGUGAAAGUGUGCUGUCAUUCACAGAUAAAUACAACAACACGCCACUACACUCUGCCGUCAGUAGUGGAGACCCAGAGGCUGUGAGAGUGUGUCUCAACGCGGGGGCUGGACUGGACGUACAACAGGAAGACAAGUCCACUGCUCUUCAUUUUGCCUGCGCCCAGGGAGGACUGAAUAUCAUCCACAUCAUGCGUCAGCUACAGCCUGAGAAAUUCAUAAUAGCUAGUCAGAAGACGGAUAUUCUACAAAUGACGCCUCUUCAUAGGGCGGCAUUGUUUAAUCACGUGACCGUCGUCAAGUUCCUAAUUGAUGAGAAAGUUGAAAUUAAUGCUGUGGAUUGCCAGAAGAGGACGCCACUGUUGCUAGCGGCGUCAAAAGGAGGCUGGAAGACUGUACAGCUUUUGCUAGAAAGUGGUGCAGACAUCUCCUGCAAAGACAACAAAAACAGGAACUUCCUCCACCUCGCUAUUAAAUAUGGUGGCAAACUCAACCAGUUUGGUGUACAGAGCAUCAAGCAUUUCAAAAAUUUGUUAAAUGAGAAGGAUGAUUAUGGGUGUACGCCAUUACAUUAUGCCUCUAAGGAGGGUUAUCUUGUGGCCCUGGAUGAUUUGAUCGAACUCGGCGCAACGGUCAACCCUAAAAAUAAGGACAAGCAGUCGCCUCUCCACUUCGCAGCAAGGUUUGGCCGUUACAACACUUGCAGACGAUUACUGGACAGUAAGCUUGGACCCAACAUCAUUAACGAAUCGGACUGUGACGGAUUGACAGCUCUCCAUCUAGCGGCGCUCAACGGACAUGUCAAAAUCAUUAACCUCCUCAUGCAGAAAGGCGCAUGUCUCACAAGAGCACACGAUGACAACUCUCCCAUUCACAUGGCGGCCAUUAACGGAUACACGAAGUGCAUCCGGGCACUUUUAAGUGUUCAUGCCAACAUACUGGAUGUCAAGAACAAACAUGGGGUACGACAGUUUCCGCUCGAUAUAUGGUUUAUGUUUCCAGUAUCUUUCUGUUGUGAAACCAGCCACUCCUUGGUAAGUAAAGUUUUGAUCACAUUUUCCAUUUGUCUGCAGGAUACAGCUCUACAUAUUGCAUCACGUGCUGGGCAGGCGAAAGUGAUCGAACUCCUGCUGUCACUUGGCGCCAAAAUUACGAACAAUGUAGAGGAGAAAAGUUUUAUUGAUAUUGCCAUAGAGAAUCGACAAACUUCAGUAGCACAGACAGCAGUUAAGCACGCUAGAUGGAGUGAAGUGCUUCAUACAUGUUCCGAAACAUAUGGCUGCCCCAUGCACGGCCUGAUCCAGCAUUUACCUGAUGUCUGUAUGACAAUCCUCGAUCGCUGUGUCACCAAUGGAGGUGGAGAUCCACACCAAAAAGAAUAUUACACUGAGUACAACUACGAGUACAUGCAGUGCCCGGUUCGUUACGUCAGAGAGGCGAAGAAGAUCGGAAAAGACAUACAACCAAUGUUUGCCCUUAAUUUGAUGGUCCGUCACGGAAGAGUAGAGUGUCUGUCUCACAAACUAUGUCGGACUUACCUCAACAUGAAAUGGCGUGCGUACGGCAUGUGGGUCCAUUCCGUCAACUUAGUUUUGUAUUUAGCGUACCUUUCAAUGCUGACACUGCUGGCGACAAAAGAUUUCACAACAUCACGCGGCGGAUCUCCUGCUAACUCUACCCAGAAUACAACAGAACUUCCGGAAACCAAAAUUUACUAUAUGAGUGAUGGUUACAGACUCGUCACAGCCCUCGUGUUUCUGUUUUUAAUCAUCAAUGUCAUAAAAGAAAUAGUCCAGAUGGCGCAACAGCGCGUACGAUAUUUUCUGGAUCCAAACAAUCUUCUGGAGUGGGUUCUCUACAUGUCCACCGCGGUCUUUAUCGCCCCCGUCCUUUUCCAUUACUCGGAUACCCUUAACAUGGAGGCUGGUGCUGUGGCAAUAUUCCUUGCCUGGUUCAACUGCCUGCUCUUUCUUCAGCGGUUUGAUGUGUUUGGUAUUUACGUUGUGAUGUUUCUGGAGAUUCUGGUCACAUUAUUACAAGCACUCAGUGUUUUCUCCAUCCUUCUGGUCGCCUUUGGAUUGGCCUUCUCCAUGCUGCUACAACACGAGGAAAGUCAUGCUUACUCUAAUCCACUGAUGUCCAUCGUCCGGACCACCAUGAUGAUGCUGGAGCUGGACUAUAUGUCCUCCUUUAAUGAUCCGUACUUUGACGAUAAUUCCUCCACACUGCCCUACUCCACACUCACAAUCUUGUUCCUCCUCGUCUUUGUUCUUCUGAUGCCCAUCCUUCUCGUCAAUCUGCUGAUUGGUCUAGCUGUUGGUGACAUUGAAUCUGUGUUAAGAAACGCGACUCUAAAAAGACUGGCUAUGCAGGUGGAGCAUCACACAGAGCUGGAACGCCGCCUACCGUCAAGACUUCUGGAGAAAGUGGACAAAAUGACAUCUAGAGAAUAUCCCAAUAAAUGUGGAAAAUAUAUGAAAGUUUUCAAAAGCUUCGUGCAGACGGAAACGGAGAGUUCAUCAAUAUGUGGUGGUGAAGAGGCCAGCUACCUCAAGUCUGAACUCCUCAAACAAAAAACAAGAUUGAAGGAGAUGUCUGUGAACAUGGAGCGUAAUUAUGACAUGCUGAAACUAAUUGUUCAGAAAAUGGAAAUCGAGACAGAAGCCGACAACCAUGAUGAAGGUUUUCAAACUUCACAGAGCAUUGACGCCAUCCACCCCUCCACAAUGUGGAAUUCCGAUGUACUCAGAAAGAAUCUUGUACGUCAAAAUGCCGUCAUCUCAAAGUGGAAAGUGAAUACACAACACACAAACCUUCAAAAUAGUUUUGAUUGCUGAAAGUGUCAACGUUGUUUCCGUUUCAUAUAUGGUGUUUCCGUCUUCAUUGAUCUAAAGCUCUGAAUUGUUUAUAUGCCACCAGUUGAACAGACAUGCAGUAGCAGUCUUCACUAUGUUUAUCAAUGGUUUGCCGUGUGUUUCAAAAUCAUGAAUUUGGUCAAGCUAUUAACAUAUCUUAUCUCAUCAGUAAAAAAAAAAACAACCUCAAAAUGAUCUUGUUUAAGGUCUGGUCCAGUUGGUGAUUUCUUACAAAUUGUGAAUAAAAAAUGAUAUGAA